AUGAGUUUUAGAGGUGACGGGGAUUUUGCCGGAGUCGCUGACGACGGCGGUGACGGUUCUGCUGCACAAAAAGGGGAGAAAGACUUGCUUACCAACUACAGGCCAAUCACUCUCCUCACGACGGUUUACAAAGUCCUGGCGAAGGUUCAGGCAAACAGGCUAAAACAGGAGCUGCAUCACAUAAUCUCAAAGAAGCAACAUGGUUUCAUACCGGGCCGCAGCCUGGCAGACGCGGUGGCGGUGGUGGCAGACGCGAUAGAAGCAGCGGACAAUGACGGGGAGGACUGGUACCUCCUGCUGGUGGAUUUCCAGAAGGCCUACAACACAGUGUCGCGGCCCUUCCUCUUCAAAACGCAGGCGAAGCUCGGGCUGCCGGCACAAUUCGUCAAAUGGGCAGAAGGCCUGCAUAAGGGGUCGGGGACAAGAUUGGCGGUUAACGGGGAAGCUCAACUGCACUCAGCGGCGGAGGCGCUUGACUGGUUCGGGGAGUUGUCAGGCCUGCACAUUAACCGGGACAAAUCGAUCGUCAUGCCGUUGGGGAGGAACAAGGGCAGAACAUCGUUACCUGGCGUUACCUUCAAGUGGGCGGAGGAUGGGGUUCCCGAGCGGCUGCUGGGCAUCUGGGUGUCCCCUGACAGCGACGCCGCCCCCUCUUGGGAGAAGGCAUGGGAAAGGGGGAGAAGAGAGCUGGCGAAGUGGGAGAGUCAACACAUGUUGACGGCGGCAAGGGUCACAGCCAUCAACAGUUACAUUAUGCCGAUAUUCCUGUUCCAGGCGCAGAUCUGCCCGCCACUGGAGGAAAUCUGGGAGAAAAUUUGUAAGACAUGUGACAACUACGUUUCGAAGAGGGAGGCGACGGCGGAGAAGAUUUUCGUCCUCUGGAGCGGAGAGCUGGCCCGGCAGCCAAAGAAAGAAGGGGGGCUGGGGCUUAUCGAUCCGAAGGACCGGCUGGAUAGUCUGGCAAUCCGCCAGGUGGGGAAUUUUCUGACAGAGCAAGACGCCGCUAAGCGGUGGCUGUUGGAGAAGGCAGCGGCGCUGCCGUAA